AUGGGAAAUCAGAAAUUAAGGGAAAUGCUGGCUCUAGGCACAGUGCUUCUUUUCUUCUUUAUUACAGAGUGCCAAGGAAGCGGAAAUGCUCUUGGCGGGGAGAAAGAUAGCUUUGCUGGCUUAUCUAUAGGAGAAAAAAGAAAAGCAGAUGAUGUAGACAGCUCAAGGGAUGCUCUUGUCGACCAGCCUGCAUCUGAGAAUAAAAAGCAAAAAAAAGAAGAUCGUGCCUCAAAUAGAGCAUCUGGUGUUAUUUGCCCGCAGCAGGAGAUUGAAAUCACGAUGGAGGAUGCUGAGCAGCUAGACGAGAAUGAUGGCCAAGCGCUGGCCUCUGGUUCUAACGAGGCAGAGGACAAAAAAAAGACGCUAGAAAUAAAAAAUCUUGAUCUCAGACUGUGGAACGACAGAAGACUGGAAAAUAAAAGAAGAAAGGCCUACAAACUAAGUUACAAAUCAAUAUACACAUGCGACACUUCUAACACCAUGUCUAAAGCAAUCGGGAGAAAGUAUUUCCGAGAAAAACUUAGAAACGAUAUUGAAGUCUAUUCUACACACAUCUUUCCAUCAGUGGAGCAGAAUCCACUGUGGUAUUUCAUUGCAAGCGAGACCACAAACAUGAAGUCUAAGUACAAAGACCUUUUGGGGCUGAAAAGGCUGUUUGUGGGCAAAGAAGACGCUAAAUACACGGAAAUACUGGAAAAUCUCAAAGGAUACUAUCCCGGAGUGUUUGACGACAUGCUAGCGUAUAUGCAAAAACACCUUGCAAUGAAAGUUCGCAAAGAGAAAAACCUAGCUGCCUGGGAGGAAACCCUAGGAGACAUUUACAUCCGAAAAGACAUUGAGCCAAACCUCUAUAUCUUGAAAAAACAGGAAGAGAUUGCCCAAAUGGACGAGAAAUACCACGAGGUAGCGCAUGCUUUGCACAUGAUCCUAAUACUACCGGAAGUGUACCAGGACUUUUGCACAAUGCACGAAAAUCACAUAUCCAAGGUUCGGAUGUCAACGGAUCCGUAUGCAAACAAAAAAAAGAAAAACAUUCUCUUGCUUCUAUGCGAAAUGGCUAAAAAAAUAGAGAAUAGCGAUGAGGGGACAGAGGGUAUAUGCAUAAAGCUUUAUAACACCUUUGCAGACAUAUACAAUGAAGAAAAAAUGGCAGAGCUAACAGCUGCUGAUCUGUACAGAGACAUGUAUGUUCUCAUUGGAAAGUUCUAUGAAGAGGCAGAUGUUUUUGGAGAAAAAAAUAAAUACGUGCUGGAAGGAAAGUGCAUAAUAACAAAUCAGAAGUACAUGAAAUGCCAAGUAAAAGCAGACAUAUCGGCAGAAGAGAGGAAUAGAAGAGUUCAGAGCUCAGAAUACACACCUGAAGAGAACAAAUGGGGUAUUUCAUCUGAUGUGCACGCUCAUUAUCAUGUGUACUAUGUGGACAACGGUACAAAUCAGCUCAGACUGCUCUGUAUGCCUGUGUAUGCGGAUGCUGAAGGACAGGAGCACUACCUGCACACAAUCAAUGAUGUAGUAAAACAUAUAAAAAUGCUGUACGGAAUUAAGAAGAAAUUCGAUGUUAUACACCCGUUUAUAGUAAAGACGGAAAGCAGAGAGUGGUCGUACAUCGAAGAGAAGGAGAGGAAUAAGACAAUAAAAGACUUAAAAGACCUCGAAGAGUGUGAAGUGGUGUUCUACCGCAUAGAGGAAGACCUAGAAAGAGCAAAGUUUACUUUUGCAGAGUUUUUGCCUUUCAAACACGAGAAAAAAAGCAGUAUAUGCAUACCGCUCUUCCUCACUCCUUUUAUGCGCUCUGCUGUGGAGCUGGGGCCUUUUAAAAAGAAAAAAGAGCAUUCAGAGAUAAAUCCAGUGAAAAUCAAAGACACAGCACCUGAUUUGUACGAGUACAACAGCAAGUACAAGGAUUUGAGCUAUUCAGAUGUGCACAAAUACUACAGAAACCUAUACAUACUGUCUGGCAAAGAAAAGCUGAGAACUCUUGGGUGCUACAUUAUGGACUGUAAGACCACUAAACACCCAGAUGGUGCGGUUGAGGCUGUGUGGUAUGUAAGAAUGCCAAGCAGUGUGAAUUCGUACACACAUUGUAUGCUGGACAGGACUUUUAGAGAAGAAGAAAACAUAAAAAAGUUUAACGCGUUCGUCAAAACAGUAGAAUCAAGAGAGUACAACAAGGACAGUGAGAUGCAGGCCUUCUGGCUGCAAAACAGCCAAAUAUCAGAGGAUCCAUUGGAAAAUCAGACAAAAAAGAUACAUGCAUGGCUGUUGAACAGACAAGACAAGAAAAAUGCGCCUAAAAAGAGUCUGGAGCGCCUCAUAUUUGAGAUCAAUGAAAGAAAAGAAAAGCUGCAGGAGAUAGAGCAGCACCAGAAGAGCCUGGGCGCAAUGAAAAAGUAUCUCGAUACAUAUGAAACAGCACGAGAAAAGAAAACAGCAGCUUCUUUGAAGUACACUAGAAAGAAAAAAAUAAAAGAUCUGUGCCAGGAGCUCUACACAAAGCUGUCCAAGAAGCCUAAACACUUGGAGACAGAUUUUAUAAUACUCCGCAAUGUAAAUCACAGUAAGUCCAAUCUGUGUGCACACAACGAGAUCCUUGACACUUUAGUCACGCGCUAUAACAAAAAAAUCAGCGAAUAA